CUAACAAUAAUUUUUCUUUUCAGCAACAAUGACAAAAAUUAUAAAGGAGAUGUUACCCCCAGAUGUUCGUGUGGCAAGAGAUGCUCAAGAUCUUUUGAUUGAGUGUUGUGUAGAGUUUAUUAAUCUCGUUUCCUCUGAGUCCAAUGAAGUUUGUAGCAAAGAGGAUAAGCGAACAAUUGCGCCUGAGCAUGUACUGAAGGCUUUAGAGGUUCUCGGAUUUGGUGAAUACAUAGAAGAGGUCUACGCUGCUUAUGAACAACACAAGAUUGAGACUAUGCAGGACUCUUUGAAAGGUGGCAAAUGGAGCAAUGGAGCAGAGAUGACCGAGGAAGAAGCCGCGGCUGAGCAGCAGAGGAUGUUUGCCGAGGCGCGUGCAAGAAUGAAUGGUGGAGCCACUGCCCCUCCCAAACAGCCAGACCUUAACCCAAGUUUAGAGAGCUAACUAUAGGACUUUAAUUUUCUUCAACCAUAGGCAAGCAAUCCUUGACUCUUCCAUUUGUGCUUUUAGUCUCUUAUAUUAUGUAAACGAAAAAAAAGAAGAAAAAAAAAGCCUCUGUGAGUGCAGUGGCCUAUGUGGAUAUGCACUUCAGUUUGUACUUUAUGGAUGGAUCAUGUCUAUAACUUAAUGUAAUUAGUGAGAGUUUGUCCAAUUUCUGUCA